UCUCCUGUGUAUUCUACAUUUAAAAACCUGAUUCUGAACAUUUUCCUUCAUCGUGCACUUUUUGUGACAACCAAACUGUGACAGAUAGUCCUUUGUUUUCACAUUGAGUAAGUGUGGACAAAUACCCAUGUGAUAGUUUGCAAUAAGGCACUACCCAGGAAAGAUCAGAGGACUGAUAAACAUGCAUGUUAAAAGUUACAGUUAAAAGUGAGAGGGAAGCCUAUGCCAUAACCUGAAGAGUUUUGGUGUCUAGAGUGUGUUACGGGAGCGCAUUUCAAAAGAGUCCAUUGAUUUUAUCAAGACUAAAAAUAGAGAGAAAUACCUUUUUGAUUGUGCUCUGAAUUAAUUAAAUUUCCGCUGUUUUGAGACGUUGCACCCAUCACGUAGUCUGAUCACACAUUCAGAAUGUCUAGGACAGAGGUGAAGGAAGCUCGCAGAUACUUUGUGUGAACCUGGGGAGACACAAAAUGCUGUGGAUCCUUAUUUUCCUACAUUGCGAAGUGUUUCUAUGACCCUUUGACCAUCUGUGAGGUACAGACUAAUGGACAAGUUAAACUACCAGCUCCUCUUGUCAGUCUACAUCCUCACCUUCCUGAUCGGCCUUCCCGCCAACAUCCUAGCGUUCUUUACCUUCUGUCGAAAGGUUUACCGCAAGCCCACCCCCAUUGACAUUCUCCUGCUAAACCUGACAAUAUCUGACCUCAUCUUCCUGGCAGUCUUGCCAUUCAAGAUGAAGGAGGCCACUGACAACUUGAACUGGAGCCUGCCAUAUUACCUGUGCCCCAUUAGCAGUUUCCUUUUCUUCUCCACCAUCUACACCAGCACGUUAUUUCUGACUGCGAUCAGCAUAGAGCGCUAUCUAGGUGUUACGUUUCCGAUCCGAUAUGCUCUAGGUCGCCGACCACGCAACGCUGUAAUUGCAAGUUGCUUCCUCUGGCUUCUGGGAUCUCUUAACCUCAGCAUCGUGUACAUUGUGCCAUACAUACCCUCAAAUGAUAAUUCAAGCAGCAGCAAGCUACAACCCAAUCCUCACGUGACAAUUUGCUACGAUUUAUUCACCAAAGAGCAGCUGAACAUUCUACUUCCUGUUCGUCUGGAGCUUUUUCUCGUACUUUUCUGUAUACCCCUCCUCAUCUGCUGCUUUUGCUACAUAAACUUCAUACGAAUCCUCUCCAAUCUGCCUCAUCUCGGACGCCGCCGUAGACUCAGGGCCAUUGGGUUGGCGUUGGGGACGCUGUUGGUUUUCACUAUCUGUUUCAGCCCCUAUAACGUCUCGCACGUGGUUGGUUUCGUCCACGGUGAUAACGAAUGGUGGCGUCACUUUGCUUUGAUCUCCAGCACUCUGAACGCCUGUUUGGACCCAAUCAUCUUUUACUUUUCUUCGGCUGCCGUUCGCAGCGCCAUACACGCAUGUGUUAAUGGUUUAAAGGAGAAAAUGCACAUCAUAAAAUGCAGACGAUGCUGUUCUGCUGGCCCUUCCAAAACUGAGGCCUACAAAGAGACAAAUCCACCUCUUGACUUGGGGUGAGAAUUGAGCUACAGAGUAUUUGAGUUCAUUUAGGCCUACAGAAAGAAGUGUUGUUUGCAAGUGCC